AUGCAGACUUUGCAGGUCGGUUUCGGUUCCCUUCUCCAUAAGAAACCCUCUCCCCGGCCGAAGAGAGUUGCGAGCGGGCCCAUUUGCAGCUUAAAAAAGUCGAGCAGCACUUGGCCAGCCGUAUCUCUCUCGCUUUUUGCAUCCGGGUUUUUUCUCGGCCCCCUCAUUGAUGGGCUUCACUCGAGGGUGAAUCUCGUGGUGUACCAAAAUGGGGCGAUCGAUAUCGGAGCCCUGGUUCUGUUCAUCGAGCUAAGUGCUGAGCUGUGCAAUGCUCGAGUGGCGGUCAAUGUGGAAGCCUACAUAUUAUUCGCAGGGGCAGAAGUAGCAUGGCUAUUGUUCGAUAGGACCGUGCUUGGUUUUGCUCUUGCUUGUCUAGUAGGACUCGGUUGCCCAAUAGCAGAAAUUCUGAUAAUCGAAUUGUUUCAUCUGUGGUACUAUCCUCGAGCAAACGUUGAAAUUUUCGGACAGGGGUUAGUGACAUGGACCAUCACUUGCUAUUUUGUGUACACACCAUUCUUUAUAAAUCUGUCCCGCUUGCUGAAAUCCGCUGCUGCAGCAGAUGAUCAAAAGAGUCAUUAUAAGUCUUAUUAUAAUAUAGGUCCAUAG